AUGGCAAAAUCGGAUAACAGGAGGCGAUCAAUUGUGUAUUCGGCCUAUGAUGAUUUAAAUAAGCCACUAGAGAAAGCUGUACCUCCGCAGCUCUCUGACAUAUCUUUGGAUGAUUCUGAUAUGGUGGCAUUAAGGACUCGUUUUGAUAGGCAGAUUAUUCAGGGACACCCAAUGUUCUUUGAAGAGAAAGACGAGAUGGACUCAAUUCGUUGGGCUGAGUUUCAGCCGGCUGCUAAACCUUACCCAAGAAGGGAGUCCUCCGUGUCAAGGUCCAACGGCAUUAGUGCCUUCGAUGAAAUUGCUAUGAUAAAAAAGAAGUAUGCGAAGCGUUCAUUUCAAAAUGCCAAGGCUAAUGUCAAGAACGAUAUUCAUAAAUGGUUCCUCUAUCCUAAGCCUCUUCCUAAACAUUGGAAAUUUGAGAAAGAUAGAAGGCUUUACGAUGAGAGCUCCGAAGAAUACGAGUCGGAAGAAUCUCUACCCGAUAAUAAGAAAGGCUUUUAUUAUUCUUCAUUUGAUGAUGAUAAUUUUCAUAUUCUCAUGUCAAGUAAGGAGACUAACGCCCUAAGAAACUACAGCAAGGUUCAUUACACUGGAGAAUACUUUGACUUGGGACAUUACGAAAAGAUGUUUUCAAAGGCCAUAGUUAUUGAUAAAUCUGAAGAUUCUUACGAUCAAUUAGUAUCUGCAAUACCGAAGAUUACUCAAUUUUCCCAAGACUUUCGAAUCGUCUUGAAACUACUGGAAUCGGGGGAGUUACGGCCAGUUUCCACCAAAAGAAUUGAAUACCUUUUGAACAAGUUCGAUCUUUUUCAGCAUUUGGAAGGUCGUUCUGAAAUAUUGGAAAAUAAGCGAGUUCCACAUCGUGAUUUUUAUAACACACGUAAAGUUGAUCAAAAUUUACUACUGAGUGGCUGUGUUUCCAAAAGACAGCUAAAUGAAUUUAUUUGGGAUAAGCUCAAUCUAGAGCCUGAUAGAAUUGUUUAUAUGGAUGAUAGAGGGUCUGAUUAUUCGCUUCGGGAUAUUUUUUCCCACGGCGAAGGAGCCCGCUCUAAUGAAGAAGCGUCGAUUGGGUUGAAAGCCGUAGAUGAUGGCUUUCUGGAGUGGUACAAGGUAGUUUAUCUACCUGGUUUUCAUUUGAAUAAUAGAAAUUCUAAAAAUGACACAAUAAGACACAAAAUGUAUUACAUGAUCGCAAAAACCUUUCUUGAGUUUGAUAACUUCAUUGAUGGCCAGUAUCUGGCAGAAAUUCUCAUAAAAUAUGUGAUUCACAACAUGGAGAAAAGCAAAUACCAAAUGGCACAACUUUCGGUUGACUUUCAGUUUAUUGAUAACUGGUGGCCGAAUUUCAGUCGAUGGGUUACAAAAUGGAAGCUAAUAUCAUAUAAUAUACGUUGGAAUGUUCGGCUUUCUCGAAGUUACACGAAACUUUUUCAAUCAGGGCAAGUUAAAAACUUUCAGGACUACUUGGAUUUAGUUUUUCGUCCUCUUUUAUCCUCAGACAGUAUUUGUGACAUCAAUCUCCAAUUCUUUCUAUCUACACUAUGCUGUUUUGAUGUCGUUGUGGACAAUGAGGAUGAUUACAUUUGGCAAUCUUUUAGCAAUCCAGAAACCACAACGCCUUGCGAAUGGACCGCGAAUGGGGACAAUCCUCCUGUUGCAUACUAUCUUUAUUAUAUUUACGAGUACCUUAGAGUGCUCAAUCAUCAGAGGAUGUCAAGAAGCCAGAACUCCAUUAUCCUUAGAAGCUAUUGUUGUGCUUUAACAAAUCGCGUUUCGCAGUUUGUUGAUGGCGUUAAUAUAACAGAGCAACUUGAAUCCUUGGUAUGCAAUCUUUUACUGUGCCAGGGUGGUUUACUUCAAGCUGAGCCUCUCUGGUGGUCGUCACCCGUUAUCUUAUAUGCAUACUAUCUUUUUCAGAUUCCAGUCAUAGUGUCCCCGCUUUCUUCCGUAUCUCCCUACCAGGAGCUGACGCGAAACUUAAUCACCAAUAGUUCAGAAGCGAUGUCCAGAGACGUUACCGUCCAAAGCACGCGGACGUAUGCUCUGAAUCCUUUCAUGUCAAUGCACAGGAUGGGCCUGAAAGUUUCGCUUUCUUGUAAUUCAGUGCUUUUCAAUAGCUCAUACACCAUGGAGCCCAUAAUAGAAGAAUACAGUGUUGCUGCAAGCAUUUAUUUACUAAAUAGUGCAGAUCUCUGUGAGCUUGUCAGAAAUAGUGUCAUCUCAAGCGGUUAUGAGGGUUGGUACAAGAGCCAUUGGUUGGGAGUUGGACUGCAACACUCACCAUUUUUUGCAGAGAUUAUUGCAUGCACAGAUGUUUGGUUUGACACUGAAGCAAAUACUAGUGAACGUCAUAAUGUGCCACCUACAAGAAGAAUAUAUCGUCAAGACACUCUGAGUCGUGAAUGGCGAUUCAUACACGAUAAACCAUAA